CUUUAAAUAUAAUCCUUGCAGUACCUAGUUCGCAGUAACGUUCCGUGAGUUUACUUGUAAAGUAUGACUGUGCUUGAUGGAAUUUAUUAUCAGGAUGAAGCGAAAAUCAAAAGAAGAUUCAAAAAGUCAAUCAAAAAUGUGUGCAGUACCAAAACAUUGAAAAGAAAGUUGCCAAUUAUACAAUGGCUCCCAACAUACAGCUUCGCUAUCUUAAUACAAGACUUUAUAGCAGGAAUAACUGUGGGCUUAACGGCUAUCCCUCAAGGUAUUGCGUACGCUAUCAUCGCCGGUCUGUCUCCCGAAUAUGGUUUAUAUGCUGGAAUUAUGGGUGGAUUAGUGUAUGUGUUCUUCGGUAGCUGUAAAGAUGUAACAGUAGGGCCAACAGCGAUUAUGGCAGCAAUGGUUGGCAAAUACGUAAGAGGUUACUCAGCCGAAUUUGCUGUACUGGCGGCGUUUCUGGCUGGCAUAGUGGAGUUAUUAAUGGGAGUUUUUAAUUUUGGAUUUCUGGUCGAAUUUAUAUCCGCACCAGUGAUCAGUGGUUUUACUACGGCGGCUGCGCUGCAGAUAGCAUCAUCACAGUUGAAAGCACUUUUCGGUCUUGAAGGCUCAUCAGGGACGUUUUUUGCUGAAUCCGCUGUGAGUUUUGUCAAGAAUAUAACGACUGCAACGCUUUGGGAUCCCAUUCUUGGCUUUGGAACGAUACUUGUAUUGUUGAUUCUAGAACGUGUUGGUCAUGGAUGUUCUUUGUCUGGUGGCACUUCACAAAAAAUCAGAUGGUAUAUAUCUCUUAGUAGAAACGCUGUUGUGGUAAUUAUUGGAAUGUUAGCAGCAUUUCUAAUCAAGCAAAUACUAGAUGACGAACCUGUGAUAUUAAUUGGUGAUAUAACUGGGGGACUACCUGUGCCCAAACUUCCACCUUUCAGUGCUGUAGUUGGUAAUGAAACUUAUAAUUUCUAUGAUAUGCUCAGCUCAUUUGGACCACAAUCAUUAGUUUUACCACUAGUAGCUAUUUUAGAGGCAGUAGCCAUAGCGAAAGCGUUCUCUGGAGGAUUACAAGUUGAUGCUAAUCAAGAAAUGAUCGCACUUGGAUUAUGUAAUAUUGCGUCAUCGUUUGUAAGUAGCAUGCCUACUACAGGUUCUUUUACAAAGACCGCAUUGAACCACGCAUCAGGUGUGCAGACUCCUGCAGGAGGCAUUUUCAACUGUUUGUUAAUUAUUUUGUCAUUAACAACAUUAACUUCUACUUUCUAUUAUAUACCUAAAGCAUCGUUAGCGGGACUCAUUAUAACAGCAAUGUUGUCUAUGAUAGACUAUAAAAUGUUCGGGAGAUUAUGGACUCACAGUAAGCGUGAGUUAUGCAUUUUAAUUGCAACUGUAAUCAUAUGUUUAGGUGUAGGACUAGAAUAUGGUAUAAUGACAGGAGUAUGUUUCGAUGCCGCAAUAAUUUUAUAUGGUAAAGCCCGACCCACCCUUGACUUUUACACUCUGAAAGCAUCAAAAGCUGAUUUGAUCGUAGUUCCACUAAACUAUAAUUUCUCUUAUUGCGCUGCAGAACAUGUUAGAAAUAUACUUCUUAAGGCAGCUCUGAACGCGUCACAAGACUGCUUCAUAGUUAUUGACGGCACAAAUCUUAUUAAUCUUGAUACAACAGUGGCAUCGAAUCUUAUGUCUGUUUCACAAAAUAUAGACAAGCGAGCAUGCCCAGUUCUGUUCUUGAACUUCGACGAUCGACUUAAAAAAAUGUGUAUCGCAAUAAAGCCGCUAUUUGCAGAAAAGUUUAUAUCUACUGUAACAAUAUCUGACGUUGUCGAUGUAUAUUUAAAAAAUAUGUGAGUAGUUAUUUAUAGUAAUUUUAAGUUUUAAUUAAAUGAUCUGUGAGACGGAAAUUGAAGAUACGAUAGCUCAUGAAUGCCAAGAACUAGGUUUUUAUUGUAUUAUAUAGCUUACAUUAAACGUUAUAGUUAUUUUUAUAUUGUUAUAAAUUUAAUUUAAUUUAGUAAUAAAUGGAACCAACAAAU